UCAGGACCCCCACCAUUAAAAGGCAUCCUUUCAUAUUAAACAAUAAGAUAUUCAUUCACUGGAGGUGUGUCUCCUGUGUGUGAGACAAUUUGCAACCCAACUACAUUUCAAUUACCACACAAAAGAUUUGAAACUAUCCCAAAAAAAAUUCAAGCAUUGGAAAAGAGAGACACGUUUGCAUGAAACUUGAAAGGAAUAUACAGAACAAGAUUCUAAAGACAGUUUGAGCGAUGCAGUGUGGGUAGGGGUCCUGAUAGAAGAUAGGUGAUGCAGUGUGGGUAGGGGUCCUGAUAGAAGAUAGGUGAUGCAGUGUGGGUAGGGGUCCUGAUAGAAGAUAGGUGAUGCAGUGUGGGUAGGGGUCCUGAUAGAAGAUAGGUGAUGGAGCGAAGAUCAGUUCUCAGGAAAAUUGGUAUAUCUCAUCUCUAUGUUAAUCUGUGGAUCAAGUGGAUUUUUGAUGGUGAUCCGAUUACUUUAAAAACAUGGCUCCCAUCAGCCAAUCAGCUUUCAGCAGGCAUUUGACAGGGUAAACACUGAGCUAUCAUCAUGAAACUUGAAUGGUUAAUCCCUCUAGGUACAUACUAGUAUUGGAUCUCACUCAGAUUGGAGACGUAGUCAUCAAUAGGGGCCAGAAUAAAAUUCAAAUAGCUAUUUCUCAGGAAUCAUAUGUCUGAUUAAGCUGAAAUGUGGUGCACUGCAUCGUUGUACUAAUCUGUAAUUAGAUUUGUGAUGAUGAAUGGGUUACUUAAAAAUAUGGCCACCAUCAGCCAAUCAGCUUUCAGCAGACAUUUCACAUGAUUAGCAUUGAGCUAUCAUCACAAAACCUGAUAAAUAUGUUCAUCUAUGGUGUCUUUAUGGUUCUGUGUAACGUGACAAGGACUGGUCAGUGGGGGCAAUUUUGGCAAAGGGUGCUUGGGCCCCACAGAUCGCUGCUUGUGGCAAUAUUUAUACUUUUAUUCAUAGCCUGCCUGUGCUUUAAAUGGCAUACAAAUGCAUGUUCAAUUUUUAAUCUUGAAUUCUUAUUAUAUCUUCAUCUACUGCAGUAAAAUAAGUUGCCCGAUACUGAUGUCUACUCUUACUGAAAUUUUUUUUGCUAUAAAUAUCUUACAAAUGUUUUUACAAAUACAAACGUCUUUUGUGUUCAUGCACUCAAGAGAGGAUUCUUAAAAACAUUCACAAACACCAUACACAACUCUCAAAACACAACAAGAAAUGGCUUGGAGUUCGAAGGGUUCAUUUUGAUAGGUUUUGUAUGCAUAUAAAUGCCCUGGGUAGAUGUCCUCCAAUAAUAUCAGAAUUGCUUGUUAACUCUCAAGUGACAAUUUGUUAUCAGGUUGCUGUUGCCAUGCCAGAAAGUUGCCAGGAAACAGUAGAUGUUAUAGAUAAUAAAAGUUGCACAGACCACCACAGCAGGUAACUGAUGAGCUGCAGAAAGCCAAAUACGGCACAUUUCUUUUAAGGUGGUGUAUAAAUUGUAUAACUUUUGAAUUAUGUUAUAGUAUAAUACUGAAAAGUGAAUAGUUUAAAAUGUAUUUCACCCAAAAUGUAUAGAGUCCAAGUUAUAUUACUUGUCAGGUUGAAAAUGAAACUGAUUAAGACUGAAAAAGUUGUUAAGCUGUUUGUUUUGUACAGGCUUGUAGGAGGCGAUGGAAAACGGAUCAUACAGAAAUGAAAUUCUCAGGAUCGAAGGACUGCGGAUCACACAGUACUCCACUUAUCCAGUGUUUAUUCUUCUUUUCUUGACUUAUCUGUUCAUUAUGGUAUCUAACCUUGGCAUUGUCAUGAUGAUAGCAAUGGAGAAAGCUCUUCACAAACCAAUGUACCUUCUUUUCUGUAACCUCCCUGUGAAUGAUGCACUCAGUGCUACUGUUGUACUGCCUGGUUUACUGAAAGACAUUCUGGCUGAAUCUGACAGGUAUAUCAGCUAUGCUGCUUGUGUAAUUCAAGCCUUUGGGGUUCACUCAUUGAGUACAAGUGCACACACUAUUUUAAUAAUCAUGGCUUUAGACAGGUACGUGGCCAUAUGCAACCCGUUAAGAUACAACACAAUAAUGACUAACAAAAUGGUUGUAAGGCUAUCUGUAAUAGCAUGGGUAACUGCUACUGUCCCAAUUGUAAUUAUAUUGGCCCUCACUGUAAGGCUCUCUCAUUGUACUUCAACAAUAUCAAAUCCCUACUGUGACAAUCCUUCUCUGUUUAAACUUUCUUGUGAGAAUCUGUUACUAAAUCAGAUCUUUGGCUUGAUUUCUGCUGUCAUGCUUUGGACUACCUCAAUAUCAUGUAUCAGUCUUACUUAUCUAAAGAUUGCACAUGUUUGUCUAAAAAAUCAAAACAGCACAAUGAAGAGCAAAGCUAUAAAAACAUGCAGCACCCAUCUGAUUCUGUAUCUCAUUCUCCUUGGAUGUUCCUGUACUGUAAUUAUUUUGCACCGUUUCUCAGAUUAUGAAGAACUUCGAAAUCUGGCCAGUAUCUUAUAUUUUGUUAUUCCUACAAGCCUCAACCCUGUCAUAUAUGGCCUUCAAACCAAAGAAAUAAGACAUUGGAUUGAGCAGAUCUUCCUGAGAAGGAAAGUGAUUCCACGAUGA